CUACUGUGAGGUUCAUCAGAGAAAUAAUGACUCUCCAAUAUUCAGCAAAUUAAGCUGCCUUUGCUUUCAAAUUACUCUGUGAACUUGAAUAUGAAGCAAAAAAUAGUUAUAAAGGUGCAAAUGAGCUGCGAGAAAUGCAGAUCCAAAGCCAUGAAGAUUGCUGCGAUGGCGGAUGGUGUGAGUAAGGUGGAGAUGCAAGGGGCAGAUAGCGAUCAAUUGGUGGUGAUCGGAGAUGGAGUGGAUUCCGUUAAGCUGACGCGUUCCCUGAGGAAGAAACUCCGAUAUGCUACUCUAGAGAGUGUGCAAGAAGAGAAAGAUGACAAGCAAAUGCAGAAACCUAAAGAGGACAAACCUAUGGAACCUCCAAUUCAGUGGUCACCAAUAAGUUAUUAUCAACAAAUUCCUUCGCAUCAAUUUAUUGUUUAUGAGGAAAAACCAAGUAAUUGCUCCCUCAUGUGACUAGUAUUUGUAAUGUUUUAAUUUGGUUUUUAGCCAAUUAUAUUUCAUAGAUAUGGAUUUGAAAAAUAAUGCAAAUUUUAAGUGAAAAAGUAAUAGUUUUGAAUGAUCAAGUCUACGGUUUACUUCCACAGAGUUUGGA